GCGAAAGCCCGGAAGAGGGGACCUCGCCCUCCGCGAAGCGCCGGCGCCAGGCGACCUCGGUGCCUUCCGAGCUCCCGGCUGACUGGGGCGUCGAUGGCCGCGUGGCUCUGGAUUUCGCGGGUUUGAGCGCCGGGGCGCGCGAGGUCUGCUUCGAGCGCUUGCGGAAGGUCUUCGAAGAAGGCGCCAGGGUGCGCGACAUCAACAGAUACUGCUCCACCGUCAUCAAGGGCGUCGGCGACAGCUUCGGGUCCGCUCUUCCUCCGGCCCUACGGGAGGCGCUGGAGGCCAAGCUCGCGGGCUCGGGCUGGACGUUUGGGGACUUGGACUCCAGCGCCAUCGGGGCCUUGGCUGGGCUGCCGGAGACCGCGGCCUGGGAGCUCCUGGAAAGCCUCCGCCCCGCCUCGGUGUCGAACCUGUCUGCCUUCGUGUCCGGUGCAGCCAAGCGGCUGGGGGCCCAGUGCCCUUUGGCACAAGCCCUGGGCAAGGGCUGGCCGGCGGUGGCGAAGGUGCUGGGCAAGGACCGGGCCGUUGGUGGCCAGGGGCUCGUCAAGGCCAUCGCCCUCGCUUGCCAGCAGCAGACGCCCGAGGCCUUCGAGGCGGCGUGCACGGCGCUGAGUCGCUUCCCGGGGGGCUGCAAGCCGCCCCUCUCGACCUACAACGGCAUCUUCAAGGUGGCCGGUCGCGUGGGGCGAUGGCCGAAGGCUCUGGAGCUUUUCAGCCAGCUGCCUGAGCACCUGCAGCCAAACCGCUACACCUACACGGCCCUCUUCGACGCAGUGGUCAAAGGCGGAGGUCCCCAGACGGUCCUCUGGGCUUUGUGGAACCACCUGCAGCGGAGCAAAGUGAAGGCGGAUCUGCAGCUAAUGAGCACGAUGCUGCAAGGCUGCUCGGACGCCUCCGUGGUGGAGGAGCUUUUGGGGGAGCUCGACUGGCAGGGGCUGACGCCCAACCUGGAGGUGCUCACAAGCAUGCUCGGCUGCCUCCGACGCGCGGGCGCCGCGACGAACAGGACCUGGGAGGUGCUGAAGCUGGCCAAGAGCUGCGAGCUGACCCUGGAUUGCCAGUUCCUCGUCCAGGUGGUGACGGCCCUUGGCUUCGCAAACGACACAGGUGCCGUGGUUCUUCUCAUGGAGAGUGUCCGCGAGGUCUACAAGGUGGACCCCGACGUCUUCCUCUACACUGCAGCGAUCUCGCAGUGUGCCCGAGCUGGCGAUGUUGCUGGUGCUGAGACCAUCAUCCGCCUGAUGCAGCAGGACCAGGUGGAGCCCAACGAGCACACCCACUGCGCUAUCAUCGCAGUCUAUAGCAAGGCUGGCAAACUGCUGGAGGCCGUCAGACAUUUCCAGGAGGCCAACGAGAAGGUGGCUCUGCCCAUCGAGGGCUACACGAGCAUCCUCUCCGGCUGCCGGGCCGCCCUGGACAACCGCUGCGCGCUGCAGGUCCUGAAGCUCGGCUUCCUGCGCAUUUCCCAAGGCCCCGUGAAGUCUGCGUGCUACACGCUUGCCCGCCAGUCCUGCGCCUUAGCCGGGGACGAGGCAGGUGCCGCCAAAGUGGACAAGUGGCAAAAGCGAGACGGUGUGAUCACCCACGUCCCCACGAGUACUGUGGAUGACCCUUCCACUGGGGAACGGCUGCCUUUCCAGGACAAUGCUGCUUCUUAA